UGAGUCACGGCAGGAUCAGUAUUGCACUGGGCUCCUAGGAGCUGGAUGAGUGCUGCUAUAACGUGUUCGGGACCGUGUCGCUGUCACUUUGAGCCGGCUGAUCGUUCCGAUGACUGCGGCGGUGAUGAGGAGGGAUGGUGUCGGCUCGUACCGGGAGCUUUCAGAUGUUGGAACAGAGGAAAGCAAUUGCUAUUCUGACCUCAGGAAUGAGACUGACACUGAGCAAGAUGAUUUAAAUGGAACAGUAAUACAAGAUGAUGAACCUGGCUCCACAAGUCUUUCCUCCAUCUUUGGUAAAGCCUGUCUGAAGAACACUUUUUCUGUGGUUCUUAUCCUUAUCUACCUGCUGUUGAUGUCUGUGGCAGUAUUCCUGGCCUAUCAGACCGUUACAGACUUCAGGGAGAAGCUGAAACAUCCUGUUAUGUCGGUGUCCUUCCAGGAAGUCCUAAAAUAUGAUGCUCCUGGAAUUGCACUGUAUCCUGGUAAGGCUGAACUGUUGACCUGUAAGCACCAUUAUCAUGAUCGUGUUGAGUUUAUGGAGAAUCCAGGUCAACGAGGAGUAAUAAACUGUACUAAGGAAUACGUCAGUUACACAGACCCAUAUAGAAACAACACACUGAAAUCAGCCCUGAUUAUCAGUGGACCUCAAGAUGUGAGAAAGAAGGAGCUAGUGUUCUUGCAGUUCCACUUAAAUGAAACCAAAGAAGAUUUUAGUGCAAUCAACUACCUCCUAUUUUCAUCAUUCAAAGAGUUUCAGGAGAGUUCUGAUAAAGCACAAUUCAUGCAGGACUGCGAACGUUCUUAUUCUAUCUGGACUUUUUCCGGGGGUUUUCGAACUUGGGUCAAGAUGUCUCUGGUGAAAACGACAGAGGAAGAUGGAAGUGAAUCGGUGGAAUUCAGACAAGAGUCUACUCUGGUGAAAUAUAAUGACCACCGGCCUGUUUCUGAACUUACUGACCAAUUGUUCUUUGCUGUGUUUGAGUGGAAGGAUCCUUUCAUUCAGGAAGUCCGUGAUAUAAUCACAGCCAAUCCAUGGAAUACAAUCGCUAUCCUCUGUGGUGUCUUCUUGGCUUUGUUCAAGGCAGCAGAAUUUGCAAAGUUGAGUGUGAAGUGGAUGAUCAAAAUUAAAAAGAGGCAACAAAAGCGCAAGGCUCAGGAAUUGAACCAAAUGACUUAAACCAAGAACACAAUUUAUGACCUUUGAAGGGCUGCAGUUCUGAUCCUCUAGCUCGCUCCCUGUCAACAGGGUGUGGAACUAUGUGUUAGAGAUCAUUGAAGACUACGCAAUUCUUAUUCCAGAGAUAAUUCUUAUUUCAUUUGUGAUUGGUACCAGCUUUUUGAAAAGAUACAUUACAUGCCCUUUAGGGAAGGAAACUGCCAUCUUUACCUGGUCUGGCCUACGUGUGACUCCAGACCCACACCAAUGUGGUUGACUCGCAACUGCCCUCUGGACAAUUGGGGAUGGGCAAUAAAUGCUGCCUCACCAGUUACGCCCUCAUCCCGGUAAUGAAUAAAGGAUUACUGUGGCUGUCAGUAUUAACAAGAAACAUUGCAAAUAGAUUAGAAUCAUUAGCUACUUCAGUCUCAUGCAGUUUGACUUCCUUCAUUCUCAGUCUGUCUACUGAGAUAUUAGAAAGGCUUAAAUGAAAGCUAUUUACUAAGAUAAUAUGAUCUCCUCUGACAGCAGAAUUACUUUCUAAUUCUGUCAGUUUUAGGAUCGUGUCUCACUAUGACUGAUGAGAUAAUGAUUUAAGGCACGUAUUCCACAUGUUCUAGGUGAUUCAGAGAAGAGUUUCAUAAUUCAGUUUAGUAGGUGAUAUUUAUGUAACCGUCAUCCUAUUUAUUGUUGCUUGAUCAGUGAUUGAUUUCAAUAUCGUAGUUGUGUCUAGCACGCAGCCUUAGGGCAGUGUGAAGUACCUGGAAGCAUGAUGGUCCUGGUAAAGGUGUUUUUGUUUUUUAAAAUAAGGGUUCAAUUCCUAAAUUACUGUUUUCUGUGCUGCUGUGAUCCCUGUAUUUGUGUACUGCCAUUUGUAGAGAAUAGAUUUUUCGAUUAUCUCCAAUGACUUCUUGUGUUGCGCAAUAAAGUGCGUUGAAUUCA